UUCACUGAGCUGCUGGGUCCCCAUCGGACAACAUGGCAGACGAGGUUUAUGUGCCACCGCACUUGCGGCCGCCUGCGGGCAAGACGCUGAUGAAUAGGCAUGAGCUCAGGUCUCCUUCCGAUCCUCAACAUUUGAGGACGACCUGUGGCCUUUCAAUGCAUCCUUUCCUGACCAGUAGUGCGGUCCGCGUGGCGCCGACCAUGCGGCUGGAAGAGCUGCGACGCGAUCAUAUCGAAGGGUAUCGUGGCUUUAUCCCCGGCGUCAGAGCCGAAACGGUAUAUGGUGCUCGCGCCACCAUUAUCGACAACAUUGCUAGUGAUAUCCGACCACUGGACUUCCGUGCCCCGCAGGCAGAGUCCUAUCUGUGGAACCGUCCAAGAGAUCCGCCGCAGUCCUUGCGAUCUCAAGCAGACUGUGACAUUUGGAGAACCUGGCAGCAGGAUCCCAAGUACAACUGGAUGGGCGGCGAAAAGCCUAAAAGCUGCGGUCCGGGCAUUGCGUCCUAUACUGGACACCGAGAGCUUCGGCGGAGUCACCCGAAACUUCAAGCGGAUGAGCCGCAGAGCCUUCCUCCCGGUGAACAUCUUCGGUUGCCACGUCAGAUGCCGUUGAGUGGUCAGAAGGGCCGUGAGAGCUGGGACCCGCAUGUGGUGGAUACCAUUCGAUCGCAGAUGCCCGGGUACCGGGCCUUUCUGCCGGGGAAGAAGCUCUUGGCAUGACGAAGGACGGAUAUACUGGC